AUGCAAACAGGACAUAGCAUCAGUGAGAAAGAAAUGAACGAGUGGAGUCAAUGGCUAAUUGACAUCCAGAAAUUGGAGCAAGUGUUUGUGCCAAGGAGCCUGCGUCCUAGAGCAUUUACAAAAAUCGUAUCACGAGAACUAUACGCAUUCGCAAAUGCACCGGACAUCGGGUAUGGAAUAGCCGUUUCUACGCGUCUACAGAACGAUAAGGGUCAAGUAUGCUGUUCGUUGCUAUUUGGAAGGUCAAGGGUCGCUCCACUGAAGAAAGUCACCACACCUAGAAUGGAGCUAACGGCUGCCAGCGUAGCAGUGAAGAUCAUUGCAAUAAUUACAGGUGCAAUGGAGUAUGAGUAUGAGUUUGAUAAAAUUGUCUACUGGACCGAUAGUAUGUCCGUGUUACAGUACAUCAACAAUCAGACCAGCAGAUUCCACACCUUUGUUGCUAACAGAGUCACCACGAUUUAUGAAGGAUCAACUCUAAACCAAUGGAGAUACGCCCCUACUCAGCACAACCCUGCAGAUUCUGCAUCCCGAGGACUUCGACCAAAGGAUCAACGAGCUAGCGAGCAAUGGUUGUUGGGGCCCAAGUAUUUAUGGGAGCCGGAGUCACAGUGGCCGAGAUCAGAGUUCUCAAAGGAGCUGUCACCUGAAGAUCCAGAAGUUAAGAAAGUUUAUGCCACACUUGCAGCACCUGGAGACAUCGUAACUACAGAUGAACUGUUUGCUAGAUACUCAAAUUGGAAGCAACUCAAGACAACUGUCGCAUGGAUACUAAGGGCACAGAAAUGCUUUAAGCAGCGUCGCAGCACUGAUAGAAGGUUGAGAGCUCAAGGCAGCGAAGCGUUGACACCACUUAGUGUAGAGGAGUUGGAAUCAGCGGAGGUCUCAAUUGUUAAAUAUUUGCAGCAAACGCACUUGCCGGAAAACGGAAAACACAUAGGAUCAAUACAGAAGCUGGACCCAUUCGUGGAUGAAGCAGGACUGCUUAGAGUAGGAGGACGACGUGCUAAGGUUCCAGUUGAAGUCAAACAUCCGAUGCUGUUGCCGAAAGACUCGCCAGUCACUAGAUUUAUAUUAGUAGAUGCCCACAAUAGAGUCGGACAAUUAGGCUCGAACAGUACGUUGAGUGCACUCCGACAGAAGUAUUGGAUUGCGCGAGCAAGUUUCCUUAUCUGA